UGACACAUCUUUUUUUGGAUCAUCAACCAGCUAUUUUUUUCCUGCUGUUUAAUCAAAAACGUUUCAACAGUCGUAUAUUAAUUAUGUAAGCAGAGUUAACAAUAAUGCCGGUUUCCGGUUCAAAUUCCGCCAAUAGCGGGCUGUUCGGCAUACCGGCAAAUCUCUCGCCGGAUCUGUUACAUGCGAUGGCGUCUAUGGAAGAAGGCGACGAAAUCGUGUUGGCGGACUCAUUCUUCCCUGUUUCUUCCGUAUGUACACAAUACGGACCGAAGGCGAUUUCCGCUAGCACUUCCGGUAUUCCGGAUUUACUCGCAUCGAUUCUCAAGUUGUUCCCAAUUAGAAAUCAUCCCAGUACACUGGAAGCUUUGCAAUCUGGACGCUGGAUCAGGUCAUCGCCAGUAUACAUGAUGUACAGUUUCGAGAACGACAGUAAACCGCACUUGUCCAAUAUGAUCUGGCGACAAUAUCAGACCGUCUUGGACGGUUUCGGCAUUUCGGGAGAGUCAGUUACGAAGAUCUGCCGGGAAGAUUUCCUCGGGAAGGCUCGAACAGCGUACGCUGUGGUCACGACGAAGGAUACAUUUUACGGAUGUCUGAUAUUAAAGAAAGGGCGAUUGCACUCUGCACGCGAUGUGCCGCAUACGCAUUCUUCAGCUGUUGUGUCGUUCUAGGUGAACUCGCAUUCGGUGAUUGAUUUAUGUAUUUAAUUGCGGCAGCUCUUUCCAAACAACUUUAUUUUAAAUUUCAGCCAAUUUUUUAUAAUUUAACAAGUUACCAGCUGAUUAAAAGUUAUUACGUAAAAGAAAUCGAAUUAUUUACUGUGGAAUGUCAUAAAAAUGCCGAAAAGCACUCGGGAGUGUGCGAAAGUUUAAUUCAUGUACAUGUUUUUGAUAUAAUGUACCGGGUCGCUUUCCUUAAAAAAAUAAUAAAAACCUGUUUCUAAGAAUCCAGUUUACAAAAUGUUGAG